GCUAAUAGGCUGUAAAACUGUAGCGCGCUUUUUUGUGAUAAUUAAAUUUGAACUUUGUGGAAAAAUGGCGGGUCCAUUCUUAUCACCUCUACCCGGAGAUCUUUUAACCGAAUACAUGUUCGGUCGGCGACGUCAACGUCGUAAUCGUACAACUUUUACGCCGCAGCAGUUGCAAGAACUCGAGUCACUCUUCCAAAAAACUCACUAUCCGGAUGUGUUCCUACGUGAGGAAGUGGCGUUGCGGAUCAGUUUGAGUGAAGCGCGUGUGCAGGUGAAGUGUGGUUUUGUGGUCAAGAAAUUAUAUAGAAUAUCUUAAGAAUUUCAAAAACUAUUCGAUCCAGUGGAUGUGUAUUUAAAUGAAUGCUUUUAGUGCAUACAAAUUUGAGAUUAUGCAGUUUUGAAGUGGUGCAUGGUGACUUCGGCU